GGCUUUUCGUGCUACUAAAAACGCCUGUAAAAAAACUCUAAAAACUCGAUAGAAGUCUGUUGUGUAAAAUACAUAUGACAGUUACAAUUACUGCUAUAUAAAUGUGUGAAAUUAUAGAAAACUGACCACCAGAGACACCCCAGUGCUGCAAAUUACUGUUAGCCAACAUGAAGCUGAAUAUCGAGGGGUUAUUAGUCUACUUUCCGUAUGACUACAUUUAUCCUGAACAAUACUCGUACAUGCUUGAGCUGAAGAGGACGCUGGACGCAAAGGGUCAUGGAGUUCUCGAGAUGCCUUCAGGAACAGGAAAAACAAUUUCUCUUCUUUCCCUCAUUGUUGCUUACCAGAAGGCUUACCCUUUAGAAGUCACCAAGCUUGUCUACUGUUCUCGCACAGUGCCUGAGAUAGAGAAGGUUGUGGAGGAGCUAAGGAAACUAAUGGAUUAUUAUGCAAAGCAAACAGGAGCGAAAAAUGACUUCCUUGCACUGGCACUUUCUUCACGGAAAAACCUGUGCAUUCAUCCUGAGGUGAGCUCUCUGCGUUUUGGAAAAGAAGUAGAUGGAAAGUGUCACAGUCUGACAGCAUCAUAUAUUCGUGCGCAGCAUCACAGUAACCCAAGUCAACCUGUCUGCCAGUUCUAUGAGCAAUUUGAUGCAGUAGGCAGACAGGUGCCCAUUCCCCCUGGUAUAUAUAACUUGGAUGAUCUGAAGGACUUUGGGCGUAGAAAAGGCUGGUGUCCGUACUUCCUGGCACGUUACGCAAUUCUUCACGCAAACAUUGUAGUGUACAGCUACCAUUACUUACUUGAUCCAAAAAUUGCAGACCUGGUCUCGAAAGAGCUCACAAAGAAAUCUGUAGUUGUGUUCGACGAGGCUCACAACAUCGAUAAUGUCUGUAUUGAUUCCAUGAGCGUCAACAUUACCAGGAGGACUCUCGAUCGCUGUCAGACUAAUGUGGAAACCCUGCAAAACACCAUUAGCAGAAUUAAGGAAACAGAUGCUGCCAAACUCAGAGAAGAAUACAGGAGAUUAGUUGAAGGCCUUAAAGAAGCAAAUGUUGCCAGAGAAACUGACAUGUAUCUGUCCAACCCAGUUCUGCCAGAUGAAAUCCUUCAAGAGGCUGUACCUGGCAGCAUUCGCACUGCAGAGCACUUCGUGGGCUUUAUAAAGCGCUUCCUGGAGUACCUGAAGGCACGUUUGCGAAUCCAUCAUGUGGUGCAAGAGAGUGCCCCUCAGUUCCUCAAAGACAUCUAUGAGAAGGUCUGCAUUGACCGCAAACCCCUGAGAUUUUGUGCAGAGCGGCUGCGCUCACUGCUGAGGACGCUGGAGAUCGCAGACAUUGCUGACUUCUCAGCCAUUACUUUGAUCUCACACUUUGCCACACUUGUCAGCACUUACAGCAAAGGCUUUACCAUCAUCAUUGAGCCCUUUGAAGAUAGAACGCCAACAAUAGCAAAUCCUGUUCUUCACUUCAGUUGCAUGGACCCCUCUAUCGCCAUAAAGCCAGUGUUUGGGCGCUUUCAAUCAGUCAUCAUCACAUCAGGGACACUCUCUCCGCUGGACAUCUACCCACGUAUCCUUGAUUUCCACCCAGUCACUACGGCAUCCUUCACCAUGACACUGGCACGAACCUGUCUGUGCCCUCUUAUUGUUGGCAGAGGGAAUGAUCAAGUAGCGAUGACCUCCAAGUUUGAGACCAGAGAAGAUUUUGCUGUGAUCCGGAAUUAUGGAAACCUGCUGCUGGAAAUGUCUGCCAUCGUUCCUGAUGGGAUCGUUGCGUUCUUCACGAGUUACAUAUACAUGGAGAACAUUGUGGCUUCAUGGUAUGAACAGGGCAUCCUUGAGAACAUCCAAAGAAACAAGCUCAUUUUCAUAGAAACCCAGGAUGCAGCUGAGACCAGCAUGGCCCUGGAGAAGUAUCAAGAGGCCUGUGAAAACGGCAGAGGAGCAAUUCUGCUCUCAGUGGCAAGAGGGAAAGUGUCAGAGGGGAUUGACUUUGUUCAUCAUUUUGGCCGUGCCGUUAUCAUGUUUGGAGUGCCGUACGUUUACACCCAGAGCCGAAUCCUCAAGGCACGGUUGGAAUACCUCAGAGAUCAGUUUCAAAUCCGGGAAAAUGACUUUCUGACGUUUGAUGCGAUGCGCCAUGCGGCUCAGUGUGUGGGCAGAGCCAUCCGAGGCAAAACAGACUACGGCCUGAUGAUCUUUGCAGAUAAGCGUUACGCACGAGCGGAUAAGCGAGGAAAGCUGCCCCGCUGGAUUCAGGAACACCUUACAGAUGGAAGCCUAAAUCUUACCAUUGAUGAGACUGUGCAGUUAGCCAAGCACUUUCUACGACAGAUGGCCCAGCCCUUCAGACAGGAGGAUCAGUUGGGUCUGUCCCUGCUGACCCUGGAACAACUGCAAUCUGAGGACAUGCUUCAGAAAAUUGCUCAGAUCGCUCAACAAGCCUGAGGUCUCUGGUCUGGGAGAUGCGUAUAUAUGUAUUCUUUAAUAUGGUGUUUUCUACAACAAGAAGCAUUAAUAAAUGCUGUUCUUUAGCCCGUGUUGUUCUUUACUGUUUGAAGAGAAACAUGCUGUCUCAAAACCAGCUGCAGAGGGCACACAAGCACACUGAAUUAAGGGGAAACUACUGGAGGUCACCAGGAGUUGCAUACCAGCUAUUGAUUGGGCCGUAUCAGCUGUCAACCACCUAAUUAUCUGAAAACACUUUUUACACAUAUUGAUUUUAACAGAGGUAGAACAAUUUUAUUUGGUUCAUCAGCAACGUUCAGUAUAUAAAUAUACUCCCUAAGCUCACGGAAUCUGUAACAUGAUUCAACAAUAUAGAAUGUACAGCUGUUUAGAUUAUAUAACAGCUCAUUUGAUGUCUAACCUCUCAGUAACUACAUCCACUAGCAAGAUUCAAGUUAUAUACUAUAUAUUAGCCGUGUACCCUGAAAUUCUGCACAUGUAAAAUCCUUCCUAUUGUGUUGAGAAGUGCUUAAACUAAAGCAACAGCACAGCAUGCAUAAAUAUAAAGUACAUGUGCUUGAAAUUGAAAAAUCAAAAGUCCCUUAUAUUAUAGGCACAAGUAUGUACCACAAUUGGUUGACAUUACCUCAGAAACAUACAAAUUAGUAUAAAAAACAGCAUGUCUUACAAUCAUCUUGGAAUGUAACAUCAUGGAUUACCAUUAGGAAUUUUUGAGUUAAAGGCACAAUAUGUAAGAUUUUUUUAUUGAAAUAUCCAAAAACCACUAGAACAGUGUUAU